UCUGUCGUCGAGUAUCAUUGUGAAGGUCAACCGCCUGUGCUGAAGACCAAUCGUAUACCUCAGUGGGACCAACACGUCUUGCUUCAAGUAAACUUACAACCAUACCAGUUUUCAUGGUGAACACAAAUUAUGCCAAAGCUUCCGUACCAGCUGCACUUCUAUCUGAAGCUACGGUGGAACUGUCCUAAGCUAUGGGAAAACCAGGACCUGAGGAUCUACAUGAACUUCUUUGAAAUGGUGGUGCAAAACUUGGCCUGGGACAAGACAAUGUUCAAAGUUUUCAUCGAGGCUUAUCAUGCCAAGAAAUGAAAGAAGAACUGAAGACGUCUGGUCAAUGAAUGACAUAGCAAAACUGCACACAAAUUACCUUUGCUCUAAUGUUACAAUAAAUAGUAGAACCUCUAUCUGAAGCCACGGAAGAACUGUCCAAGGCUAUGGAAGUACCAGCUAAGGUGUACUCCCUGGGUACUGGUGUAAUCUGGAAGCUACGUGCCAGUUUCCCAUCUUGUUGAACUCACUGGGAGGCAAGGCAACUGUGACGUUCGGAAGGGAAGUGGGGUUUAUUUUCCAGUGUUGAGCUGAUGCUGUUGCAGCUAUGUCAGAAGCCAUCCUCACCUUCCAGUACCAACUCAGUGGCGUUAUGGAAACAGUCCUCAAAACCGCCAUGCAUGAGAUCACUCGGCUGGUGAAGGAAGGCUUCCUGGAGGAAGUGACACGGAGCAAGCAGGAAGCGGACAUCUUGAGGAUGAAGCUGCAGCAGUGGGAGCAGAAAUGGAGGGACAGAGAGGAGGAGAGGAAGAGGGAAGUUGAAGAGAAAGAGCAGAGAAAGAAGAGGGAAGCGAGAGAGCAGAUGGGGAUGUGUGUGAGUUGCAGUUGUACUGGAGACACUGAGAAAGGAGAGGCUCUGUCAGGUAAGUGAGGAGAGAUGCAUGCACACACACACCCCUGAUAUAGGAUCUCUUACUUGUUUUUUUCCCAUUCUCAGGAGCAGAGGAAGGUUGUGUUAUCAAACAGGAGGAGAUGUUCCAGUCAGAAGGACCCAACACACUCCCAGAGAGAGAGGGUCCACAGGAAACGGACAUGUCCAGCUCUUCCUGUGUCUCUGAAAGGAUGGAAGAGAGGGAAGCCCAUGUGGUCCACAUCAAACAGGAGCCCAAUGACUGGGGGGAUCUAGUAUCCCAGAUGGUCACAUCCACAGAUACUACCAUAAUGAGCCUGAGUCGUCUGCAGAGAUUGAGUGCCCAUGCUGGGGCAUGGACCAGUGAGCCUCAGCCUCAACUUCCAGCACCAUGGACCAGAGAGCCUCUACCUCCAGCACCAUGGGCCAGGGAGCCACCACCGCUACCUCCAGAACCAACACCAUGGACCAGGGAGAAGCAGCACGUACUCCCAGGGUCAGGUAUACCCACCCAGGCAACAGAGUGUGCUGUGGGAGCCCUGGAGUCCAGUCCCUAUGGUCUCAGCAACAACACAACGGCACAGCUAGGGGUCAAACCCUACAGCUGCCCACACUGUGAAAAGAGCUUCCCUCAGCUACGAAACCUGAAAGACCACCAGAAGUACCACCACACAGGGAAAAAGGCCUUCACCUGCGCCCAGUGUGGUAAGGGCUUUGUGUACAUGUGCCACCUCAGGGUACACAUGCAGUGCCACACAGGGGAGAGGCCAUUCAGCUGCUCUCAGUGCGGUAAGAGCUUUGUCUACCUGUGCAACCUGAAGUCCCACCAGCAGUAUCACACAGGAGAGAAACCGCACAGCUGCUCUCAAUGUGGGAAGAGCUUCAGCCUUCAGAGUGGCUUGAAGAAACACAGGGUCAUUCACUCAACAGAGAGGCCUUACCACUGCACAAACUGUGGGAAUAGAUUCUAUUCUAGAGCAGACCUGAAAAGACAUGAACAGAUUCAUGCAGCAAGGUAGAACUUUUGAGAUGAAGCUGGUUGAUUUAGAAAAUCUGAGUGAAGAAAAUAACAGCACUCGUGUACUAUGUUCAAUGUAUUUGUAGUUUCUGAUGCAUUUCAUGUUGAGAGGAAUAAAACCCUUAAUGAAGAAAUUAUUCUUAUCCUUAAAUGAUUUUUCAAACGUGUCAUUAACUGUUCCAUACAAAAACAGAUAUUAAAAGUAAAGUAGCCAUGUCUGACCCAGAACGGCCCAUAGAUAUCAUACGCAGGCAAAUAAAUACAUUUGGUACAGCGCUUCAGACAGUUGUCUCAGAGAAUAUGUUGAAUUCCAAAGAUCCUAGAUGAGAUUUCAACAAAAAGAUUUAGGAGUUCUGCGCAAUUGUAUUGGCAGUAUGAUCACCUCGAUGCCACAGAUCGGGAGGUGGAGCCGCAGGACCUCUCCUCAGCUAGUUAGCUGUUAGCUAGUACCUGGCUUUGUUACGUCUGUACUACAGGCUAUGAGAGAUUUGACGUUUGUAACUAGCUGAUUUGUUGACGCACAACAACCAACGUCUAGGAAGUGGUAAUAAUAUUUUAGAUUUGAGUCAAAUGGUUGGAAAGUUGUUACUACACUGUUCAUAUACAGUCAUUGGUUAUUAAGUUAGCUUAGCUAAGCAGCUAGCAAGCUUGAGAAAUGCAUUAUUUGGUACGCCUAAUCACAGGCAAAAAUGGAUGUAUGGGUUCAUUAAUUUGUUAGUUACACGCAUGUUGCUGGGCUAAAUCAUUGGUAAGUGAGCUUCCUAUACUGGAAAGAUAUUUGGGACAUAUCACGACCACAUUUGGUGUAUUUGACAGCUUGCCCUUGUUUCCUGGAGGAAGAUUCCUGACUGGGCAGCGGUGUGAUCUGGAGGAGGCAAAAUCCAAGUCUUUCCAGUAUAGUGACCCAAACUGGGAAACAACGGUAGGAAGCUCAGCCAAAGAAGACUGUCUGUACUCUGGGACUGGUACCAAUAAGGGAAGUGGGAUUGAUUUGCCAGUGUUGAGUUGAUGUUGUUGCAGCUAUGUCUGAGGCCAUCCUCAACUUCCAGUACCAGCUCAGUGGCGUCAUGGAAACAGUCCUCAAAACUGCCAUGCAUGAAAUCACUCUAUUGGUGAAGGAUGGCUUCCUGGAGGAAGUGACACGGAGCAAACAGGAAGUGGACGUCUUGAAGGAGAGGCUGCAGAGAUGGAGGGACAGAGAGGAGGAGUGGAGGGGGAUGUGUGUGAGAUGUGGUUGUGCUGGAGACACUGAGGAGAAAGUAGAGGCUUUGUCAGCAGCAGAGGGUUAUGGUAUUAAACAAGAGGAGAUUCUCCAGUCAGAGGAGCUCGUUGCUCUGAGGGAGGCCCGUGAGGUCCAUGUCAAAGAGGAGGCCGAUGCACAGGGAGACUGGGGGGAUAUGGUAAGCCUAACAAUCCCAUACACCGAUGCCCCCCAUAGUGACCUUGGUUUGUCUGCACCAUGGGCCAGUGAGCCCCAGCCUCUAUCAACACCAUGGACCAGUGAGGAGCAGCCUUCACACCCAGGGUCAGUAAUACCAGCCCAGGGGAUAGAGAGCUCUAUGGGCCCCCCUGAGUCCAUGUGCCACCUGAGAAUCCAUAUGCAGUGCCACACGAGGGAGAGGCCGUACAGCUGCUCUCAGUGUGGGAAGAGCUUCAGCCAUCAGAGCGUCUUGAAGAGACACAGGGCCUAUCACACCGGAGAGAGGCCUUACCAGUGCACGGACUGUGGGAAAAGAUUUAUCGCUAGAGCGGACCUGAAAAAACAUGAACAAAUCCAUUCAAGGGGCAUCUGUACCAUUUCCAAGGCAAAACUGACGAAGGGAGUCCAAGAUAAUGAAGAUUACGCUACGCCAGUUCCUGUUACAUCAAGAACUGGAAGGAUUAUUCCACUGGCAUUAUUAGCAUCAGUAAGACAGGCCCAUAAGCAGCUUGGGGAGGACCUAAAAUGGAGAUUCGUCCCAAAUGACUGCUUCAGGUCCCCUCACAACGAGGAGGUGACCAAAGCAGUGAUGCAGAUUGUAAAGGAUGGAGGCAAAAACUGGGGUCCCGACAGCCUCAUCAGAAAGGCGUGCAACAGGGCUUAUGAGUACUGGAAGGCUCAAGGGAAGAUUGUACUGGAGGGCAGUGUGGCGGUCAUCAAGAAGAAGAAAAUCCUCACCAGCAGGCGGAGCAGGCUCUUCCAGAAGAGAGUAAAGGUGGGAGGAGAGGUCCUCGCCCCAGAAGAUCUGGACUUCCUGGUUGGAGCAGACCCCAACUUCAUGUCGGACGAGGAAAGUGAUGCUGAAGACAAGUUCACCUAUCAUGUGCUCCCUCCCAGGUGGCGUUGCUCGAGGUUGACCCAGAUCGUCCGACUCUGUCAGAUAACCUUAGAUGACAAUCGCCUUAAGGGCGUUGAGCCAAAGUCGGCUCGCUCCAGAAAAUUACAGGGGGGUAGAUUUACCCCCCGCCAUCCCCCAAAAGGAGAGGCUAAACAAGUGUAUGUGAAUAAAAAUGAUAAAUGAA